CCUUGAAUCCUUCGAUUCUAUUUUUUUUUUUUUGUUCUAUUAGAGCCUCUGGAAGUGGCAUCAUGCUGCAUUGUGGGAAUCAACAAUGACAAACAAUCAUCCUACGUCUUCAUUAAAUACUAUAAAUCUCGUCACACAAUGUCUGUGCAUUCCUAUCGUUACUAUUUUCGUGGCGACACGGUUCGCCAUUCGGUGUUGGUAUAAGCAGUUUGUCGUAGUGGAAGAUACUUUCUGCUUACUAGCAUGGAUUCUGUUCAUGGUAUAUUGCGCUAUUGCCAUUAUUAUCGGCCAAUAUGGAGGAGGUAUUCACUAUACAGAAGUGCCACCCGAAUGGGAGGUUCCCUUCAAAAAGUUCUGCUACAUCGCGACAGUCUUCUACUGCCCCAUGAUCCUCUUCGUGAAAUACGCCCUCCUUUCCAUCUUGAUCCGGAUCUUCGCGCCAUACCGAGCCCGAAUCAUGUUCAUCUACGGACUCCUCGGAUGCCUCACCAUCUACUACAUUAUCGCUGAAAUUGUUAAAAUUCGCAUGUGUGACCCUGUCCCAGCAUACUGGACAGGGCAGCCAGCCUCAUGUCUCGAUCAACGAGCCGCCCUGAUUGCCGACUCUGUCAUCAGCGCCGUCACCGACGCCAUUAUCCUCGUCCUCCCGCUUCCGUUAACCUGGUCGCUACAGAUGUCACGGAGCAAAAAGAUGCGGGUGAUCGGCAUGUUAUCUGCAGGAGGCUUAGCCACUGCAUUUAGUAUCUACCGACUGAUCCUGGUUCUACGAGACGGUAGUUCCCCCAAUAUGACCGUGAUGUUCACCUGCGUGAUUCUUUCUGGUAACGCCGAAGGAGGCGUCGGCCUCAUCUGCGCCUGUCUCCCCACCAUGAACAUCGUGAUCAACAAGAUCCGCCAAGCCGGCUACAGCUACGGUUCAAACAAAUACAACCAAAACGAGUCCUCGAUGCACCUCAGCAAAAUGAAAGGCGCCAGCAGCAAGGGGUUCUCUGCCAUCGGAUCGCGAACCGAGCCUGAGUUCGGAUCCGAUCAAAGCCAUCUGAUCACGUACGCGGGAACAGUGGACGUCGGAUCUGCCGGCGACGGUGGAAUCCAUAAAACAAUCGAUGUGUCGCAGACUGUGGAGGUUCUUGGAAACGAGCCUGCGCAGCGGAGUCAGUUCUAACGAUGUUUUCGACUCUUAUUACCUUUUUUUUUUUUUUAUAAUAGAUAUCCGGUAGGUUUAGUAAGGCUUUUCUCUAAACAUUUUCCCUACGCCCUAUCCCCUGUUUUCUUUUACUUUUCUUUUGUGGAGCUUGAUUCUAUUGGGUUAUACAGGUCUGAAGCUUGGUUCUUGAUUGUUGUUCUAGAAGACUCACGAUGUCAUUUUGGAUGUAUCUAAUGUAUAUCAACACAUUAUCAGAUAGAGUUAUGGUUACGACAUCUCGUAUGCAUGUCAAGAUCCAUUGCUACGAAGGAUGAAUUAUUUUUUCCCUUAAAACCAAACACCCCUCAAUC